UUCUGCAGUUGAUCACAUACUGCUGGCGGGGAAUGUCUUUGGUCUGGAUCAUUCUGCUCGGUCUCCUGAUCUGCGAGAGAAGCACCUUCGGAGCCCUGCCCUCCGCCGAAUCCACACACUAUCGUCUACGUAGCACCAACCUUCCGGAGCUUAAAGCAACGCCCGUUGCGCGUCAGACAUCACGACGGAUUGUGUCCAUUCCCACUUCACAUAAGAUUGCCCUCAGAACGGGAAAGAAUCGGCGUGGUGAAGCAUUUAACAACUCUAUUUCCACUUCUGAUACGGCAGACUACAACAUAUGGCACGCACUGAAAGCCGAUGGAAAGGCCAACUUCUAUAUACUCUUUUUCACCAUAUAUAUUAGCUACCUAGUGUAUGUGCUGUUCUAAGUCGGGGCUUUAUCCAAUAAAUGUCAUCGUCAUAGGA